UCCUGGAUUUCUGAAAUGUGAAACCGGUUCACAAUGAAACAUAAAAGUCAGACAAGGCCUUGAGGGGGACCGCGAGCUGGUGUGGGGUCAGAAAUCACGCAAGUCUCCCCGUGUACUGGUGUGCUUCUCUCACACUCUCACGCAAGAUGGGGCCUUUUUUGAAACCGAUUUCCCUCUGCAAGUUUUCACUACUUCUUGCUUUGUUGUUGGUCAGGUACACUUGGGUUUGCAAUGCACAAUGCCAUCCUCCUUGUGAAGGAACAGAAUCGUAUAUCUUGGCAGAAGAACCUCUACCUAGUGACUGUAAGGAUCUUCAGAAUAAAGGGGUGACAAAAAGCGGAGUGUACACAAUAUUCCCGCAGGAUGUCUACCUCUGCAUAUCACUCCGCGUGUACUGCGACAUGGAAACAGACGGUGGUGGCUGGACGGUUUUCCAGCGUCGAUACGACGGCCGUGAAGAUUUCAACACCCGUUGGAUGGAUUACCGGCUCGGCUUCGGUCGACUUGGCACAGAGUUCUGGCUAGGCAACGAACAUCUACACCACAUCACCAUGCAAGCCGACUACCUCCUACGGGUAGAUCUGGAGGAUUUUAACGGCAAGAAAGCUUGGGCAACGUACGUUGAUUUUCGAGUAGGGACGGAGACGCAGAAUUACAGGCUGCACAUUGGCAACUUUACAGGUGGAAAAGCUGGUGACUCAUUGAGUGCCCAUUCAGACAGCCCCUUCUCAACACGUGACAGUGAUCUCUCCGGAGGGGCGUGUUCUUCUUUCAGGGGAGGGGCAUGGUGGUACCCGCGUUCAUGUGGUAACAGCAACCUCAACGCUCGCUACCUGGCUGGUGUUCACACGGACUUUGGCGAAGGGGUCAUGUGGGAGACAUGGAGGGGUGUGACGUAUUCGCUUCGUCGUACAGAGUUGAAGUUCCGACCGAUGGUUGAAGCUGAUAGGAAACGCGCACGGGGUCGAGAUGAGCACGAGGAAAGCGAGGAGGAGGAGGAUGAAAAGAAAAAGGGGGCGGAGCAAGAGGUGCUGUUCGACUCAGAAGAGGGGGGAGAAUCUGGGGACGGUAACCUGGACGGAGAUCGAACCAUCCAACCGAGAAAAAGUAAAAAGAACAAGAAACAGUAAAGCAACUCAACAAUCUCAAAAAUUUCUCAUUUCUAGCGAAAAUUAAACGCACGCUUUUUCCGAAUGGUUCUAUUUUUAUUAAAGCCAUUGGACCCUUUCGGUAAACAGUAUUGUCCAAGGUCCACACUUCGUGUAUCACAACUUCUAUA